AUGUCCUCCUACAAGGCUCAAUUCGACGCGAACGGCUUCGUGAUCAUUCCCUCCCUCAUCUCUCCCGAUCUGUUCGACGAUCUCGUACACGCGUGCGAUGCGGUUGUGGCGCAGACGCGUGAGGGAAAGUGGCCGCAUCGGCGCGUCGUGGGCAAGCAGUUCCCGCCGUACGAUAGCGAGAACCCGGACUCUUGGGGCGUGCAGCACGUCAUGCAUCCUGAUCUCGGACAGAAGGCUUUCGCACAGUACUAUACGUCGAAGGCCAUGCGCGAUGCUGCGAAAGAGCUGCUUCAGUGCGAGGACGACAACUUGCAGAUGGAGCUCUUCAACCUCUUGAUCAACCCUACGUCUCACGAGUUCGCCCUUUGCUGGCAUCGGGACGACGUAAAGGCGGGUGCUUCUGAACAAGAAGAGCUCGACGCCCUGGCCAUCUGGCACCGCGGGGUUCAAUGGAACACAGCACUCUAUACGGACACCUCGCUGUUCGUAGUACCUGGCACGCACAAGGUUCCUCGUACUCCCGCUCAGCGCGAGCAGUCAUGCACAACUGAACCGCCCGAGGACCCAAUGACUAUGCCCGGCGCAAUCCAAGUUACUCUUCACCCCGGCGACACCGUCUUCUACAACAACAACAUCCUACACUGCGGAGCGUACAACCCAAGCCGCAAACGCGCCACCCUGCACGCGUCGAUGGGUGACACUCGUGGCGGCUCCGCUCGUGCUCGCAACGUACUUCAGCAUGGACUGGAGUGGAUGCAGAGCGACGAGUUCAAAGCGACACUGGAUGACAAGGGCAAGGAAAUGCUUGAUCGGCUGAUCAAGAUGCAGAAGGAGCACGCCGAUAAACCUGUCGUAUAUUCGCUCGAUGGUUGA